GCCCAGGCUUAAUCCUCAAGGAAUUUUCCAGGGGGGUUCAGCUGUGGCGACGAGACGCCCCCAGGUGGCUCAAAAACUUGUGAGAACCGUCAGGGAGGGCCGCUAAUCGUCUACACUGGGCCUCUGCCGUCCGUAGCCAUUUUGGCUCAAGCUCGAGGGGUGAUGAGGGAUGCCGGCAGAGCAUGGCGCCCCCGACGCCCGGACGGGAAGAGCAUGGCACGCCGCGGCGCGGCUGGGCCUCCUGUCCUGCGGCCUCUUCGGCCCAAGGCCGACCGCGGUCGUGCCGCUCACGGCGCCUCCGCCAGACAGCCCCCUGUGGCAGCCCCUGGCGCCAGCGCGGCGCCGCGACGUGGCUGCGGCGGCGCACAUAGCGCCGUCCCCCCUCGACGCGUCCUCCGCCUCGUCUGGGCGGCGGCCGCAGGACGUGCCGCACGCAGGGGGCCCAGAUGGCCUCUCCGCCUGGGAGAAGAUAGUGACCGGCGCCCCGCCAGCAGGGCCCUUCAGCGGCUGGAGGGGCGCCCUGGAGGGCCAAGGCGGGAAGAGGAUCGGCGCGGCCCGGGCCGUGCAUUACGUUAUCGAUCCUGCUGACCCGCGCACCGGGAAGUUGGGCAGGAGGCUGCGGAGGAGGCUUGGACUCUCCGUCUGGAGGGACUUCGCGAUGGACCUGUUCAGAUCGAACGACUUGCAGCACUGGAGCAAGGGCACCUGGAAAAAACUCGAGCAGGAGGAGAAGCAUCUUGCUCGCGAGCUGGGCUGCAUCGAGGUCCUAAUGGGGCCCAUCUUGGAGGCGGAACCAGACGCUGACGCGGAUGGUUCGGCAGGCGGGGCUCGGCUCCGCGGCAAGCUGCUCGGGGGCUUCAAGGUAUAUUGCGUGCCGUCGGCGAUGGCGCUCGCGGGCGGUUUCAUCGACCGGCUCGGCGAGUGGUGGCCACUGCGCGAUGGCACCCUGAGGGUCUGGGAGCAGCUGGAGGAGAGCGGGGUGGAGUUGGCGGAGAUGGAGUCUGCCCCACUGACGAUGCAGACGCUUUUCUCGGAGACCCCAGGCCUGGAGGAUUACGACCCCGUCAGCUCUGCCGCAUUUGCCGAGCGCGUUUCGAAGAUCGUGGUCGCCUCGCCCCGCGUGGCACGUCGCGCAGGCAAGAAGCAGACGGAGCGGGAGGCGAAGCUGGCCAGGGAGGUGUUGCGGCAGAUGAGGAGUGACGACUUUACGCCCGAGGUGGUGGAGAAGGUCUACCGCGAGGUGGACCGACGGCUGCCUCGCUCUGGCCGACAUGGCUUGUUGCCUAAUCUCCACACGCGCAACGUGUACAACAUGGUCGCAGACGUUCGCGGUGGCGGAUAUUCGCACAGGCGAAGACCGAUAUCGAGCCUUACAUGCUGCGGAACGCCUCCGUCCCCAGGGAGUUGGUGCAGAAGUACGUGCGACUUCGCGAUGUGAACAAGGGCAUGGCCAUCAGAAGCACGAGCGCCCACAGGCGGGCCGAGAUCGCCUCGCGGAACCUGGAGAAGUACAACGACGCCCGCGGUCCGGGCACGUCCCUGGACAGGCUGAUUGCGAUGAAGGGCACGCUGGGUGCCGUGCUGGGGUCGUUCGCCACGCGAGGGCGUGACCUGCUGCUGUGGGGGAACAAGGCUGGGGACAAGAUCGACACGUGGCGUUGGCUGUCAGAGUCGGGCAGCCCAGUGAAGAGUCCGUGGCGGGUGAAGGACUCACAGGUGCGCGCCUUCAAGGACCGCGAGUUGCGCCGCCUCUUCGGUGGCGGCACGGGUGACCCAGAGUGAUCUGGAGCCACAUUCGGCUUGGGCCAGGUUGGCUGCAUUUAUCGUUUCACCCUGGGGGAGGGUUCAAAGAAUAAUAAUAAUAAUAAUAAUAAUAAUAAUAACACAUCGUACAC